UUGACGAUAUAACUUUUAGAAACACGCGCCCUGAGUCUAAAAUAACCUGUUCCGACGAGGAGAGAGAUGUCCGGUGUUUCCAGCAUCUGCAGACGGGAGCCGUAGCCGUUAGACCGGUUCGUCCGUCUGUCUGCUUCCCUCCGCUGGGUUCGGGAGACCCGCAAGCCCGAAUAACGUUAACGCUACUGUAACCCCGGCCAGACUGGACUGAAUGGUUAGCCGGGGGAAGGAGAGACAACGACAGACACCACCAAACAAAACCCGAAGGCUGCUCUGCCGAGACCCAGGAAAUUAUUCCUCGCCUCGUCUCGACAGUCUGGUAGCAACACAGUGCACAUUUCAGUAGUUCCAAAAUAAAUAAUUCAAUGACUCUGGCAUGUGAACACAACCUCCUGAGACAUGUGAGCCUCAACACUUUUGCCACAGAUCUUCUUUACCCUGAGUAGAAGUAAACAGAGUUUGGUUUGACGAUGUCGAGCCGCCGGAAAUCGACCACACCUUGCAUGGUGCUGCCCUCUGAUGUGGUGGAGCAGGAGGAGGUUGAGGAGAAAACGGAAAGGACAAAGGAGGAAGAGGCAGAAGAGGAGGAGGGGAAAGUGAAGGAGGGAGCAGAAGAGGGGCCAACUGCAGAGGAGCUAGGUCAGGCUGUAGUGGUUGUCCCCACACCACCAGAUACAGAUGAGCCCAGUGUCUCUACUGUAGAAGACAGUGAAGUGCUUGAUCCCUCACUGAGGCGCAACGCUACAAACCCUCCUGACGAUCCAAGCAUUGACCAGCCAACCCAGGAACAACAGUGUGAUGUGCCCGAGGAGGGAGGAGCAGACCCUGCGUCAGUUGCUGCCAUCUCUCUCAGCAAGACACCCAUCAUGAGGAUGAAGACCAAAUCUGAACCCAAGAGGAUCGCUGUGUCCCUGAAAUCACCAGACGAGGCAGUGGACGGUUUUGGAGGAGGUGGCGAGGGAGAGGUGGGAGGAGAGCAGGAGCCCAUCGAAGCCCCUCUGGGCCCAAUGACUCCUGUUGAGAUGCUGCUGCAUGACUCCAUGAAGCUUGGAGGUGGCGGCUUGCUUAUCAGCCCGCCCUCAGAGCAGCCAAGGAAAUCAUCCAUUUUAAACCCCACAGUCUUGCCUGCUGGCCUUGCACAGGUGCUGUCAGCUUUCCAGGCCCAGCAGAGUGCGGCAGCAGCUCAGCCUCAGCUUCUGAUUCCCCUCAGCAGCAUCCCCUCCUAUAGUGCAGCUAUGGACACCAACCCUCUGCUGGGCAGCACAUACAAGAAGUUUCCUUACCCCUCCAUGGCCGAGAUCAGCAGCCUGGCAGCACAGACACAGUUCACAGAGGAGCAGAUAAAGGUGUGGUUCUCAGCUCAGCGUCUGAAGCACGGUGUCAGCUGGACCCCUGAGGAAGUGGAGGAGGCCAGGAGGAAACAGUUUAACGGCACGGUGCACACAGUGCCGCAGACCAUCACUGUCAUACCCGCUCACCAGCUCUCAGCUGCUGCCAACGGUCUGCAGUCCAUUCUUCAGACCUGCCAGAUAGUGGGCCAGCCUGGCCUGGUGUUCACACAGGUCGGUCCAGGGGGAAACCUUCCAGUGACCAGUCCCAUCACACUGACAGUGGCAGGGCUGCCCAGCCAGUCCCAGAGCUCCAGCAGGGUUUCCUGCCAGCCCACCCCAACAAACAGUGAGCUGAAACGGGCUACCACUGUCCAGCCUCCCUCUCUUUCUCCACAGGAGAACUCGGCCCUCAGCGCUGACACAUUCAGUAUGCGGCCUAAGAAGUCCAAAGAGCAGCUGGCAGAGCUGAAAGCCAGCUACCUGAAAAAUCACUUUGUCACUGAUGCUGAAAUCGCCCGACUGAUGAAGCUCACCAACCUGACAAAGGGAGAGAUAAAGAAAUGGUUCAGUGACACCCGGUACAACCAGCGCAACUCCAAGAACAGCCAUGUCAUUGUUUUCCAUGAUGGAGGGGGCAGAGGAGGUGGCAGCUGUAGUAGCAGUGCUAGCACUACUAUUGUCAUUGACUCAAGUGAUGAGAACCCCACAUCUCCCCAUCCUCCCUGCACACCUCCUGUGAAGGAGAAGGAGACACGGCCCAAAACAUGGAACCCAUUUCCAGACUUUACCCUUCAGAAGUUUAAGGAGAAGACACCGGAGCAGCUGGUGGUGCUGGAGGAGAGUUUUGAGAAGAGCAGCACCCCAUCAGAUGAAGAGCUGAGCCGCCUGAGGACAGAGACUAAGCUGACGAGGAGGGAGAUUGACGCCUGGUUCACUGAGAGACGAAAAAUGCCAUCUGUCAGUACCUCCUCCCCGGAUUCUUCAGAGGGAGGGAAGAUGGAGGCAGAUGGAGGAAAAGCAGGAGAAAGAGGAGGAAUGGGAGGAGCAACCUCUUCUUCUCCUUCUGCCUCUUCAUCUCGUAAAGGUAGUCAAACUCCUCCUGGAGGUCGCAGUAAGCAGCUGCCCACUACCACCAGCAGCAACAAGAAAGACUUAAAAGAUAAAACUAAAAAGUCUCCAGAGCAGCUCCACAUUCUGAAAGUUGCGUUUGUGCGGACCCAGUGGCCCACACCAGAGGAGUACGACCAGCUGGCAGAAGAGAGCGGCCUUCCUCGGUCCUACAUUGUCAGCUGGUUCGGGGACUCUAGAUACUCCUGGAAGAAUGGAAACCUGAAAUGGUUCUUUCAGUACCAAAGUGGCAACGUCGAGGGGGCGAACGUCGGAGGAGGCAAUAAAAUGGGAAGCGGCAGCGGUCGAAAAAGACGUGGUCGAAAUCGUGGUUGGGGUCGGUCCCGAACCAGGAAGCAGCCAAGACGGUCUGCAUCCUCCAGUGCAGAUAUCGACAGAUCUCCACCGGCAAAGAAAUUCAAGACUGGGAGGGAGAUCCUGAAGGAAUACUACCUGAAGCACCACUUCCUCAAUGAGCAAGACCUCGAUGAGCUUGUCACCAAGACCAACAUGAGCUAUGAACAGGUGAGGGAGUGGUUUGCCGAAGUCCAGCGACGCUCAGACAUGGGGUUGGAUCCCUUCCAGGAGGCAGCUGCAGGGAGGGCGGUCGGAGACGAAGGAGGAGGGGAGGAGGGAGAGGAGACGCAGGGAGAGGCGUCGACAGCCACAGAGGACCAGACUGGCACUGGGGGGGGAGAUGAAGACGACGAUGAAGAAGAUGAGGAGGAUGAUGCCGAUGAUACGGACGACAGUGAGGUUUGGGAACCAUCACGUAGUGUCAGGAAAUCCUUGUCAGUUUCUGAAGACUAACGAUUGUGGAAAGCCUGGUGAAACAUUACAGAAUGUUACAAGAGAAAUCCUAGGAUGAUCAAUGCUGGAGGAGAGUUAGCUGAACCAAGUCUUUCUGCCACUGGUUGCUUGUGUACACAUUUACAACAUUAAUUAACUGUUUUUUCAAACUAUUUCUGAAUCAUGUCUACAUGAGACUAACAGAUGAACUGUUAACUUUAACUCAUUCUCUCAAUACUUAUCUUAUUAGCUGUACGUAAUGUGUCACAGACAAUUAUCAUGGUAAAGUGGGAGUUUGUAGCAAACCCUACAAAUCUUCAGUGGCAAACUUUGAUAAAGCUCAGAAAACAACAGUUACACAAUAUUAUGUCAAAAAAAGAAAAAUACUAUUAAGUGAAAUCUUCAAGCUGAGCUGAAGAUGAAAACUGUUGAGAUGAAAUAGUUGCCUAAGAAGAUGGUAUAUCCAUCCACUACAUCGUUCUUUAGAAGCAAUUGAUGAAUACCGACUAUUGUACGUGAGAGAUUUUAGGAGGAACUGACAGUUUUAAAUGUCCACCAUGCUCCUUGUUAAAUUUGCACUCCUUGCUUUCUUAAAUCAAGCCAUUAAGGGAGAUUUAUUUACACAUUUAUGCUGCAUUUCCUUGAGCAGGAGUUUGUUAUGCUGUUGUGAGCACAGGCCCAAAUUCAAACUUCGGUCUCCAGUGUUAUGAAUGUUUCACCCCUGGUCCCAAACUAACUGCACAUACAGAAAGAAAGACAUAUCUGUUGUGUCAAAGGUGCUAAAAAACUUAUCCCCGCUAGAUGUCACUGCUGAGCAAUGUCCCAAUGAAACUGGCAUACAUCCAAAAGUGGAACUGGUUGAUUUUUCAUGUUACUGUAUCACCUGUGAAGAUCACCAUCGCCAUAGACCAGGAUGUUUGAGCUGACAUUGAAAUCAGGUAUUUUAUCUCUGUGGGAUAAAGACCUAACAUGAUAGGGGAAAAGUACCUUAAAGCUGAAUGAAUGCCAAUGCCAUGAUGCUUUUAAAGAACGCAGGAUGUCUACUCAAGUCUUCCCUCUGUAGUGGCUCAUUGUUCAUUAAUAUUAUUAGUAUUCUAGAUUUUUAACUGAGCACCUAUAGAUCUGAUGGAAAAAUUCCACAGUAUGUGUUUAAUAUUAACUGCUAUUAAUGUUUUUAAACAAAUUUUUCACCUUUUUGAUAGAACUCAUCCUGUGCUAUUAAAAACUUUUUAAAGGGGUUUGUGUAGAUUCAGACAGUGUGAGGCUUUUGUGCCAAAGUUGAAUGUUUUGUCUUGUGAGCAGUGAGCUACAGUUUGAAGCAGUGGCACAGUUUGUGAAAUAAAUAAUGGCCACUGUGAGGAAGACGUCUGGGUCCACUGAAGUAAAAACAGAAACAGAAAUAUUUCGCUGCAGUGUUUCACUUAGAGAUGGCUCGUGAUGGGCUUAUGAUGGAUUGAAUGGAUGGACUGAAUUUUUACAAUGGGUUGCAGUUUUCCCCAAAUCAUGUAAAUGUAAGCACCAGCUGCAGCUCCAGUGUGAAUUUAAAGUAAAUCAGUCCACAAGUUAUCAACUUGACAAGACUGCUAUCGCCACCAAAUCACUGACACCUUGCCUUUUAGGUUGGGGCUCAUGACAAAAACGAGGCCUAUGAAUCAUUUUGGGUCCUGACCUGUACUUUAAGAAACACUGUUUAACAGUAUUUCAAAUAAUAAUUUGACUCCAGUCUGCACUGAAGAGAAAAAUGUGAAGCACCUAAACUAAACUUUAAAAAAAAUGCACUUUGUCCACUUGUGUUCACAGUGGACUAAAUCAUGAUUAGGCACCUUAAUCUCUUAUUAUACCAUGAAAUGGCUCUGAGAGACCAAAUCUGUUUUGUAUGACUAAGAACUGAACCAGUAUUUUGCCUUUUUUUAUCCUAAGUGUGUUUUCAAGGGGAGGAAUAUUACCAAUUUAUCCACUUUUCUAAUAAUAUGUGUUGUUUCAUAUUUGGAUGUUUAUACGGCUCAGAAAACUAGUAGAACAAUCACCUGCCGCUUUUGUUCGCUAAAUUGCACAAUUUGAGCCCAGUUUUUAAUCAUUUCUCCUUUUAAAAAUGCGCAUGUGUUAUAUUUGUUGUUAUGUUUUGUACUGUUGCUUUAAAUCAUGAGAAGUGUCUCCCAUCUCCUUCUCUGCUCCCACAUGCCCCUGUCCCUGACUAUUUAGCCCUCUUGUCCAGUCCACUUUUGUAAAAUAAAUGCCUAGAUUUCAAGAUGUGCACUUCCUAACACAUGUUUCUGCAAAUGUUAGCAGUGUCCUGUUGGUUCUCCGUCUCAUUAAAUUGUCUACAACACAAGCAGACAGACUGACAGGGCUAUAGAGACAUCUUCGUAAGACUGAAACCAUUCAGAAAAUUAAAAAAAAAAAAGACAUUCUUGGAAAAUUCACUUUUUCUCUCGUGGAGGGAAUUGUGACGCCUGAAGAAACAGCACAGCAUUCCCUCUGUGGUGGGAUGUCUACCAAAUAACGCUCCUCUUUCUCACUGUUUUUUCUUCAUGCUUUACUGCAUUAAGACGACAGGACAAUAGACUGGAAACUGUCUCAAAUACAGUUCUUCACUGACAGGGGAGAGACUCUGAUGAAGCUUUGCAGAUAAACCUAUGUGCCUACAUGGCUCGUAUACUUGUUUGAACAUAAUUUCAGCAACUCUCGACAAAAGAUGAGAGAGUUUGUGAGUGCUUUGGAAAUCAGAAAUUGUUGGCUGAUUGUUACAGGAGGCUUGUUCAAACUAAGGUGUGAUGCAUGACCAAGCUCUGCUUUCUGCUGACGCUAAAAGAUGCCUAGAUAAUCUGAAGUUGACAUUGCAAACUUCUGUUGUAAGUCCUUAAACGAAUACCUUGGUGUUCCGAAUUUUAUUGUAUUUUGUUACCAAGCACUUGUCACACUACAUGUUGGCACCUUCAGCGACACAAAAUGCAUUUUAAUGAGUGUCUUUGAAACCAGUGUGGCCUGUUAGCUCUAAACUAGCUAAACUAGCUAGUUUAUGGCAACUAAAGGAGAGUUGAAACCAGUGUGUCAUAAUGUGACAGUUGCCUGGCCAUGAAAAAUAACAAAUUCAAAAUGUCAAGGUACCUUUUGUCUAAUACUGCAUGCAAUAACCAAGACGAACAACUGCUCAUUUUGUACAUAGAGUGUUUUGGGUCGUUAUACUUGGCACAGUAGAAGCCUAAUCUGGGAUUACAUUUAUUUUUUAUCUGUAAUAAUACCAGUUACUUUAUAAUUACCAAGUUGACUUCAACCAUGGACCUGUUUUCCUUCUUAAAAAUGAUUCAAAUUUCUCAUCAUCAUCAUUGACUCUAGAACCAUUCAUUAAAGUCUUGUCCAUGUUAGCUUGGCCAAGGUUGCUUUGAGUACCCAGCUCCAUUUUGAGCAACAAGUUAAGGUAGUCAUUUGCUUGGACCACAAUUGUGGUAAUUUUUUGGCAGCCAUUUUGUGCUCAUUUGUAACUAUUUGAAUUCUGGUACUUCACAUGCAAAUUUGUAUACAUGCUAAAAAAUGGAUGACCACAAUUUGCUUGUUUUAGUUCACAAAUUAGGCUUAAUCCUGUGUCCAGGUAUCCAACCCCCGGUCUUUUACAGUGUGCUCUUUCUUUACUAUAGCCAGUCCAUUUUGAAUGGUUUUAUAUGUUUCUAUCUAUGAAAACUGUGUCAUUACAACUCUGUCCAGACAUCAGUGGAUUGCUUGUUAACAAUACCAACUCAUACAAUACGUACAACAGAGUAGUGUUUUUGAAAUAGAAUCUGCUUUAGAGUUCAGCCAGUGUUGCCUGAGUGGCUUUUUGUUACUUUGGUUGCAAAAAAUAAAGAAUCAGAACUCAAUAGAAAAGACAUGCACUUAUUUAAAGGAACUGCAAAGACUACAAUUCUGGAAGCACCUGGGAAAUUAUUUUGCUUGCUAAUAAUUUGUAAAAAAUAUAAGGCUCUACACAUCAGCUGUUUCAUAAAGAUACAUUCAAUAUAAUAGAAAACUUAAUAUAAAUGUUAACACUUUAAGUUGCUUAGAGAGGCACUCCAUUGACUUUGCACAUGAAGUUCAGUUUACUUGUCAUGAGGAGUACUACUCAGCCUUUGUAUGAUGUCUUCCGUGGCUCUGGGGGGAGCUUUCCAUAGUUAAAAAAAAA